AUGACCACUUCGCUUUGUUCACGGUCGCUCCAUAGAGCUUCCCGUGUGUUAUGGCGUUCCAAUGGCUUCACUCCAGCGAUUAGGCACAUCAGGCGCAGAGGAUUAGCAGAUGCUUCGACAAAUGAUAUGACACUGCCUCUGAAAGGGUACAAAGUAUUGGAUAUGACUCGAGUGCUUGCAGGUCCAUACUGCACACAAAUAUUAGGAGAUCUUGGUGCAGAAGUAAUUAAAGUCGAGCAUCCGACGAAAGGUGAUGAUACUAGACACUGGGGACCUCCCUAUGCAAAAUACUUGGAUGGAUCAGGGAAGGAAGGGCCUGGAGAAAGUGCAUACUUUUUUGCUGUUAACCGGAACAAGAAGUCCCUCGGAUUGUCGUUUAAACAUCCAUCGGCAGUUAAAGUCCUCCAUAAACUCGCUGCAGAAAGUGAUAUUCUUGUUGAGAACUAUCUACCAGGUUCACUGAAGAAAUAUGGAAUGGACUACGAAACACUGCGAGAGAUAAAUCCACGACUGAUAUACGCUUCUAUCACCGGCUAUGGCCAAACUGGUCCAUAUCGAAACCGAGCCGGAUACGAUGUUAUGGUUGAAGCUGAGAUGGGAUUGAUGCACAUCACUGGAAGUAGGGACGGACCUCCAGUGAAAGUGGGGGUUGCCGUAACGGAUUUGACGACUGGCUUGUAUACUAGUAACAGUAUUAUGGCUGCUUUACUGGCAAGAGGAAAAACAGGACGGGGGCAGCACAUUGAUGUUGCUCUAUCAGAUUGUCAAGUUGCCACAUUAUCGAAUCUGGCGAGUUCGUGUUUGAUAAGUGGAGAAAAGGAUGAAGGGAGAUGGGGGACUGCUCAUCCAUCUAUCGUACCAUAUCGUUCGUACAAAACAAAAGAUGGUGAUAUCCUGUUCGGUGGAGGAAAUGAUAGAUUGUUUGGACUCCUAUGCAAUGGGCUUGGACGCCCAGAGUGGAAAGAGGACCCACGAUUUGUCAUUAACACAGCAAGAGUUGCCCAUCGAGCAGAGUUAGACAGCUCUAUAGAGAAAAUCACUCAAGACAAAACUACCAAAGAAUGGCUGGAUAUUUUUGAGGGAUCCGGGCUACCUUAUGCAGCUAUCAAUGAUGUCCAAGGAACAUUGAAUCAUGAGCACGUGUUAGCAAGGGAUAUGGUAAAAGAGAUGGAUCACGAAUAUUGUGGUCCAAUUAAGAUGGUUAACACUCCGGUGAAAUACAGUGAGAGCAAGCCAAGUAUACGAACAGUACCUCCUAUGCUAGGACAACACACAGAUGAGAUUCUUAGAGAUAUCUUAGGGAUGGAUGAAUCUGAUAUUGAAGCAUUGAAGGCCGAAGGAGCUGUAAAAUAG